GCGUCGUGUUCCCGCCUCUCCAGUUAAGGCCGCUGGUGUGAGCCGGGGCUCGGCGCGAGCGAGAGACGACGGAAGGGACGGGCAGGUGUGGGCGCGGGGCGACGCAGCCCGACGGCGGGAGUCGCAGGCGCUGGGCGCAUGGCCCAGUGAGGACGCGCAGAGAUCCCCUCGCCGCGCGGAGGAGCAGCGCGGCAGCCAGGCUGUGCCCCGCGACCCUGCAUCCAAGCGAGCGGAACCUCGCGCUUCGCCCGGGGACAGUCCGAAGUCCGCGCUAUGGAAGAGGAGAAAUAUUUGCCUGAGCUGAUGGCAGAGAAAGAUAGCCUGGAUCCAUCUUUUGUGCAUGCAUCGCGCCUUUUGGCAGAAGAAAUUGAAAAAUUUCAAGGUUCUGAUGGAAAAAAGGAAGACGAAGAAAAGAAAUAUCUUGAUGUCAUCAGCAACAAAAACAUAAAGCUCUCAGAAAGAGUACUGAUUCCUGUCAAGCAAUACCCAAAGUUCAAUUUUGUGGGGAAAUUGCUUGGACCAAGAGGAAACUCCUUGAAGAGGCUACAGGAAGAAACAGGUGCUAAAAUGUCUAUCCUGGGCAAAGGAUCAAUGAGAGAUAAAGCAAAGGAAGAAGAACUAAGGAAGAGUGGGGAAGCCAAAUAUGCCCACUUGAGUGAUGAACUUCAUGUAUUAAUUGAAGUGUUUGCUCCACCUGGGGAAGCUUAUUCACGUAUGAGUCAUGCAUUGGAAGAGAUUAAGAAAUUCCUGGUUCCUAGCUAUAUAGAUGGCUUUGAAAUUAGCAGGUCUUGGGGGAAGUCCGAGAGCAGAGAGAUGCCGUAUCACCCUUCAGAGGAUAACCUGGUUCUACCAGUUACUGUCAUGGGCCCGCUAGAGCCAAGAACCAGGCCCUUUUCUCCCAUCACCUGUUUCUCAUCUAUCAUGGCUUGUUUAUCUAGGGGCCGUGGAGGUGCCGUUCCUCCUCCCCCACCACCUGGACGAGGUGUUCUCGCCCCUCGGGGAAGCACUGUAACCCGUGGAGCCCUUCCAGUGCCGCCUGUAGCAAGAGGCGUACCCACUCCUCGAGCCCGGGGGGCACCAGCAGUGCCAGGAUACAGGGCACCCCCUCCUCCAGCCCACGAAGCUUAUGAAGAAUACGGUUAUGAUGAUGGCUACGGGGGUGAAUAUGAUGACCAAACCUAUGAAGCUUAUGAUAACAGCUAUGCGACCCAAACACAAAGUGUGCCUGAGUACUAUGACUAUGGUCAUGGAGUAAGUGAGGAUGCCUAUGACAGCUACGCAACAGAAGAAUGGGCCACAACCCGCUCUAGCUUGAAGGCACCACCUCCGAGGUCAGCCAGAGGGGGAUACAGGGAACACCCCUAUGGUAGAUAUUGAAGGUCCUUCCCACCUGUGACCUCACCUCAAAGACAAUUCAUAGCCUGUGGUCUCCACAUAAACAGCAACAAGACAAGUAAUAGUCCUUUUUUUGUUUGUUUGUUUUCUAUUCUAGGGAUAACUGCUCAUGAUUACUCCCAUAUAUUUCUUGUAUUUCCCUCUAUACUGUUGGCGUGACAUUGACACUAGCAUUAUUUUACAAAACGGACUGAAAAAGACAUUGGCAAGCAUAGUCUAGAAACCUUUCAGUAGAAUGAUACACUCUCUUAGUUGUUUUCAUUGUUGUGUGUAAUCUUUUUUUUUUUUUUUUUUGAGAAAGAGCAUGAAUCUGUUAACAGAUUUUUGAGUCUCAACCAACUAGCAGAAACUUUGUUUAGAGUUGCUAAAAGACUGUAAUAUGAUUUUUGAACUAGCUGAUAAUAAAGUUGUAGAUAAGAUGUUUUAACCUGUCUUUUAAUAUCUGUUAGUUAGACAAAGAUGUUCGAUAUUAAGUUUGUAAAUUUAAUUUUAAAUGCUGUUUUAAUGGGGUUGAAAAGCAGCAGCUACUGUAUGUAUGUAGCUAACUGAAUUUGUUCAGUGUUUUAACCUGUAUUUGUUAAAAAAAGAAAAAAACACACACAUAAAGUUCCAUGUGUAAGUUUCUCUAAAUAGGAAACCACAAUUUGUCAAAUAUGUUUGCCAUAAUUUGUCAAUAAAGCUGAAAACUUUUGUAAAAACUAAAUUUGGAAUUACUUGUUUUCUAGCUUUAAAUGCCUGCUUUAUUUCUUCUUCAAGAGAUGCCUAAAAUGUUUUCUAUUUAAAAAUUACAAAAAUGAACCCAAGCCUGUUUUAAGAUUUUUGUGUAAUACUUAAAAAUGUAUUAAUAACUUAUGGUUGUUAAAUAAUUUAAAAGUUAACAAACUAAACUGUUACAUGAAUCAUGGUUAGUAAACACUAAUGUAUAACAUGUUAAUGGAAAAAAAUGGAUUUAGAAUAAUAAAUGGAUUUUAAACUAU